ACCUUCUCUGUAACCCGGAACAACAACAAGUCUGAAAAAUAACCUGAAGUAUUUCAUGUACUAUAUAAUACUGUCAAGUAGCAGUUUAUUUAUUGUGUGUUGAGUGUGAACAAAGUCUUGGACAUAACGUCAGUGCCUCGUAAUUAAAGUGUUUCUCCAUGGGUUCCCGUCUAAGACCUUAUAUGAGUGAUAAUGGACCUUUGAUCCUGGAUGGUGGACUAGCAACUGAACUGGAAGCACAAGGAGCUAAUUUACAGGGAGAUCCGCUGUGGAGCGCCAGGCUUUUGCAUACUACUCCUAAAGCCAUACAAGAUGCUCAUUACAGGUUCCUCCUUAGUGGAGCUGAUGUCAUCACCACAGCUACAUACCAGGCAAGUAUUACAGGAUUCAUCACUCACCUGGACGUGAGCUCUGAAUGCGCCAGAGAGCUGCUGAUGUCUGGUGUUCAACUGGCCAAAGAGUCAGUGAAGAGAUUUGUCUCUGACAGUCGUCCGACAGGGCAGAGACAUCCCUUGGUGGCCGGCUCUGUUGGACCGUACGGGGCUUUUCUGCACAACGGCUCAGAGUACACUGGGUCUUAUGCAGAGGAGAUGAGUAUAGAGGAGCUUAAAGUUUGGCACCGGCCUCAGAUUGAUUGCUUAACAGCAGCAGGAGCUGAUCUCAUUGCUUUUGAGACAAUCCCAAGUCUGAAAGAGGCGGAGGCUCUGGUGGAGCUGCUGAGAGAGUUCCCGAGCUCUAAAGCCUGGCUCUCCUUCUCCUGUAAGGAUGGGAGGUGUAUAUCAGACGGCAGCCCCUUCACAGAUGCAGUGCAGAUGGCUCACAGAUGCACACAGCUGGUCGCUGUAGGAGUCAACUGCUGUUGUCCGGCCGUGGUGGAGCCGCUGCUGGAGUCUGCUGGGUCCCUGCUGAGCCCAGACAUGAGCUGGGUGGUGUACCCCAACAGUGGAGAAGACUGGGACGCUGAGAGGGGGUGGUUAACACCAGUGAAAAAAUCAGCAUCGAUACCUGAACUCAGUCGUACGUGGAUGAAGCGAGGAGCUGCUUUGAUCGGAGGUUGCUGCCGUAUUGGACCUGCACACAUAACAGAGUUACGACAGCAGUUAAAAGGAAGUUGCACGUCUCCAGCCUCUGCAGUGUGACUGGACGGAAAAUGUAAUGCUUGUUGUAAAGAAAGACGUCUGUUCCAGGAGCUUAUAAAAAUCUUAAUUUAUUGUAAAAUAAAUAAAUAACCACUACAUCAAAUCCACAUGAGUACACAAAGACAUCUGUGUUGGGUCAGGGACAAAUGGCAGCACAAAGGUGCGAACAAAAGUGUGAGAACAGAUCUCGUGUGUAAAUAAACAUGAAACUAAACCAUG